CGAGACCGCACUCGCUACCCAGCAGUCCCGGGGGCAGAGCCGUCACCGGCGUCCUUCGGAGCGGAAGAGAAAUGGCGUCUGCUACGCGCGCCAUCCAGAGGCUGCGCAACUGGGCGUCUGGGCAUGACCUGCAGGCGAAGCUGCAGCUGCGCUACCAGGAGAUCGCCAAGCGGACGCAGCCUCCUCCUAAGCUCCCCGUGGGCCCCAGUCACAAACUGUCCAACAAUUACUACUGCACUCGUGAUGGCCGCCGGGAAGUUGUGCCUCCCUCAGUCAUUAUGUCUUCACAGAAGGCCCUGGUGUCGGGCAAGACAGCUGAGAGCUCAGCUGUGGCUGACACUGGGAAGAAAGCAGUGACGCCUGGUCCUCCAAUGAAGAGGUGGGAGCUGUCCAAAGACCAGCCAUACCUGUGACACUGCUCCAGACUGCUUUGCCGGGUCCUCAUGGCCACCUGACUGCUUUUCCUCCUUGGAUUUCCUCUGGGGAGAGUGUGACCUAAUUUGUAACAAAUAUACAGAGCUCACAUUA